AUUAGUUGUAAAAGUCAACCCUGUAUCGAGUUGACCACUGGGACAAUCGCUUCGGCACUAGCAACUUGUCCAGUUUUCUCGUAUUUCCGAUGGGCCAUGUUAUUCUAAGAUGCUUAUUUUGUUACUAUGGCGUUUUGAUAAAUCCCCAUGAGUGAAUUGUAGUGCCAAUUGGUCUAAUGUUCUACUAAUUGUAAGGAUUAAUACGAUGACUGAAGUAAACGAAAAUUCAGACUCUGGAAUUAAUUCAGCACCCAUCCAGUUGAGUGAAGAUGACUGGCUACAACUAUUACAGAAGCUUACACCAUCUAGUAUUGAAAGCUUGCAGCAAACCUUGAAGCGGCUACAAACUCCUGAGCAUAUCAACACAACAGAAAAGGGAAAUACAUCAGUACCUUUUGUCAGCUGCUCGCCUUCUGUUCUUGCACCACAGCCUCUUAUUAGUCAGGCUCAUCCAAUUGUUAUGUCACUUGGUAUGCCCAAAACUCCCAUUGCACCAGUGAUGGCAAUGCCGCAUGUUCUAAACAUUUCUAAAAAUACAGCGAACUCUAUCCCAGGAAGGAUUGUUCUCCCCUCAUCAGCACUUCUUAUUGCACCCCCAGCCCAUGGACAAGCAUACUCUUUAGAUUCGUGUUUGCCAGUUGCUGAUCUAAGUAGGUUAGUUGUUACUAGUGGAUGUUUUCCGAAUGUGACUUCCGGUUUGCUUGCAACUACCACUAUACCUGAAUCCUUCAGUAGUUUAAACACGCUAGCCAAUGCAGCGGUUGCUAUGGCUGCAAAUGCCUCACACGUAAGUUUUGACCAGCUUUAUUUUGAUUUAUUUGUUGUUACGUAACCUUGGGUAUAUGUAACCAUUUACACCUUUUGUGUUUUAUUUUAAAAUUACUUGCGCCACCACAUGCCUUAGUAAAGCAGGGGUCAAAUCAUUUGUCAAUGAACCUUUUUAUUACUUCAGUACUCUUGUAAUAAAAUUCUUUGAACAAUCGGUUAUGAUGGCGAGACUAAUUUAUGGACAAACUAACGAAAUUAAGGGUAGCAAGUCUUGAACUUCGGCUCGAAAUUCGGUCGUCCAUAUAGUUAAGUAGCACUUUGACAUUUUAGCUGAUAUCACUCGGUGAUGAAAACCAUUACUUUAAUUCCUUACCUUGGAUUCUAAUUUUAAUUCUUCAUAUUAAUUUAUAACUUUUGAACCUGGUUAGUAGAUGAGUCGCCUUAAGGUUCCUAGAGUCACUCAAAGGUCGUCCAUAAUUUAUAGGCCCACCGUUAUUAUUCGUGCAUAGUUUCAGAAUUUGAUCGUAGUCUCACAAAUAUUAAGUCCCAAGUAUUGAGACAUUAGAUGAAGUUUAUUUGUAGAAUUCUCAACGUCCUGUAAGAUUGGAAGUUAAUUCAUCCUUGUUAUUCUGGUGUAUUCUGAGAGUAAAGAUAUUAACCUGGCUUGGCAGACUGAAUGUAUAUUAGUCAUGUCAUUUGUUCCCAACUUAUCCUCUAAUUAUGUCAGUUGUUGCGAAUCCAAAGAUUUAGUCGGGAUCUCAUCAGUCGACUAGAGGUUACUUCUCACUGAUCAACGUAUCUUGGCUUUUCGAAUUUACUGUCCUGUUAGUUCUGGAGAAACUUAUCGAUAACUCAAAUAGAUGAAGUAAUUUUUUCUUCUGUCACAAUCUCCACCAUGUGAUUUAUUGGCUAAGCUGCAAUUUGAGGGCGAGCCAAUGAUGAACGCUCGAAUCGUUUCAAGGUCAUAUUUACGUGCAUCAAAUAGAUAUGUUCUCUACGAAUGAUAAAUUGCCAGUUGAUUAAAUCGCAAGACGUUUUACUCAAAAAAGUCAUAACGUAUUGAAAACAAUCAGAAUGCAAAGUAUAGGGCCACGAUUAGGUUUUGGUUUUGAUUAGCGUUAGGAUGUACAGCCAAAAUGAUAAUCCGUAAACCCCGAACCCUAAAUUAUAAAGUAUCUGUAGACGUUAAUUUCGACUCCGAAAUCAAAACUGUACAUCCUGGUCUUCACAUAAAAUCAUUGACUGCGUAUUCUAAAUAUAAAUACUAAUCCUAAAUCCAAAUCAUGAAUCUCAAUAAAAAAAAUCUCAUUCGUAUUUGCUGCAUUCUGACUGGUUGAAUGGAUCAUCCCGUCAAGGUCAUUCACAGAUUCGGGCUCGACUUUAUUGCGUUCAGCUUUAUCGAUUUGGUACUAGUUCCUAUCGAUUCACAUAGACUGAUAUUCCAGAGUUAUUUUGUAACGCAAACCUAACUCAAUAGUAUUUAGCUGACUUCUUGAUUUGUGCAAAAAAGAUAGUUGGGCAUUUAAAGUGACGUGGCAAAACACUGAUCACAUUAAUGAACAAGCGCCUAAUAUCUCUCUACUCCUUCAACCCUUUGAUUUUUCUUCCUUUUUCCCGUAUGGCACUAGCAUUAUUGAUAUUGUCAUCAAGCUUGCAUCCUUAUUGUUUUGUUGGUUUUUUCUCCUUGAUUGUACUGAUGCUCAGUGUAGCAUUUUAAACCGAUACUUAUUCGUGCCGGCUUCUGUAUUGCUCGUGUCUAUCUGGAAAUCAGCGCCGAGUUGUUAACCUGCCUUCGUUAUUACCUUUCAUGAUACUACUUAUCCUUUCAAACUUCAGAAUAACGUUUGAACCUGAUUGCUGAGAAAUGGGUUUUAAAAUCAUCAAACUAUAUUUAACAAAUUUGUGACGGAUCAGCUAGGUGUACCAGCAUCCCAGAGUUGAUGUUCACUUUGGGACUCGAACUCAGUACUAUUCACUUCGAACGCCAUCGCUCUAUCCACUUAGCAACUAAAUCCAGAUAGAUGGCUUGUACAGUAUGGUUAAUUUCAAUUCACAUACAUCCUUUUCUGAAUCUCUCCAUUGAUGUUUAGUACUCCAAUUGAUCAGUCUUUUUUUGGUAUAUGUGCAUAUUGUGCGGAUUACCUUGGUAUUGCCACCAAGUUACAAGUAUUUUAACCAGAGAUGAAUCUAUACCAAACCACAUAAAAUUUUAAGUUUGCCUACAUCUUAUUAAUCUAUAGGACAUUGGUCAGUGUAUACUUUUCAGAAUUACAUAACAAUGUGAUACUUACAGGGUCAAACUGAAUUAGAUUGAUAGUGUGAAUGAUAAGCUGAUUGGCUAGUAAUAUUUCGAAUUUUUCGGGUGAUGGUAUAUUAUCAAUUUGGCUGUCUUAUGUUUAUUUGUAUGUUUAUAUAAUCUAUCGCUGGGAUCGGCGACCUGAAGUUAUUUCGUUAUGGGAACUAAAUUUAUCUCUGGCAAGGCGUGUUCCGGUCUGUGGUGUUAGAUUUGUAAAGAAAGCAGAUUCAGAUAAAUCAGCCCAAUGAUGGUUAGAUUGUGAUACGGACAUGUGCUGUACUAUUAUUGAAUCAAUGCGCUGACUUGGAAAAAUGCAAAAUAUUAGAAACAUUUAUCUUUCUUAUUAUCUUAGAAAAACUGACGUCCCAUUAUGACAGUCACGAGUAAUCUCAUCUAUUUAGAUUGUACUCUGAUGAAACAUAGUCAACCCAAUGGCCAAGACUUCCAUAUUCAGUCUCACUUAUGUCAUUUUGGGGAGCACUGUGUACGUAAAUAACUUCCCAAAUGACAUUAUGAUUGUAAUCUAAUUUUUAUUAGUUUGGAAUAUACCGUUGUUAUUUUGACUGAAUUUUGAUAAGUCUUAGUUGUCAUAUAUGCAUCCUGAGGGAAUCGUUUCAAUAUAUCCAUUCUAUUGAGUUCUGGAAUGAAAGUUAACUCUGAAAUUCAAGUACAUGCAGCUGUGUUCUAAAUGGGACGAAACGUGCAUUUUAGGUUCCAUUGAUAGCAUUCCAUCUAUUUUAUGUAUGCAUCAUGAUUGAUUCUGUAUAACUGCGGGUUAAUGGUUCUCUACACUUUUAGGUACUUAAAAAUCCGUAGCACUAUUAACCAACUUGUAGUAGUUUAAUUAUCGAACUAUUUAAGUGAAAUCAGAAGGAAUUGAAGCUUUGUUAUUUCUCCCGUAAAUCAUUAAAACAAAGAUACGUGGACGUAGUGUAUACUUUUUGACAAAUUCUCAUCAAGUUCAGUUAUAUGUCCGAAAUAGUGAUCCUAAGUUCAUGUCAAAUACUUAUUUAAAAUUACCACAUUGAUCGUUAGUAAACUAGAAUUGUCAGUGUUGCGAUGACUAGUGUGCCAUGUUAAUUUGAGUAAUUUAAUGCCUGAUGUAAAUGAAUCUUCCAUGAUAGCAUUAUGACCCUCCAGAACUAAAUGGAUUAGUAUAGACCUUUUGAGUCGUAGGUACACUUCCGCUUAAUCAUGUCGAAAGGUGUUUAUGAACACAGAAAGGUAAAUCCCUAGAACACCUUCCUAUAUUUAUAUUACACUUAAUGUUAGGAUUAUUAGAAAUCAACAUGAUAAUCAAGCCAUGAUACCAACAGUUGUAGCAAGGAAGAUAAAUGGAUCCGAUUUUUCUCCGAUCUGCUGGUAGCUGAUAUAAGUAUAUUUAUUUAUUUAUUUGUUGAUUUAAACACAUAUUGGUACAAAAGGGCACCAAAUAUAUAUGCUCCAGCACCACAUCAUUCGAUGUGUCUGAGGGCUCGGAUACUACCCGAACACCCAAACCGAAUCAGAUGGUUUUCAUGGAAGGCCGCCCCCCCAUCUUUGACCUAGAGGUCUAAUCCACAAGUGAGUGGAGCAACACUGGGAGAUACAGUCUCAUGGUAGCCGGUGACCAACAACAGGUUCCUACGCUAUUUGUUCCGUUAGAAUUCUGGAGCCCGUGUACACUAUUGGUUUGUAAUCAGUUUCCCAAAUCCCUUAAUUGUUGUCCCCUUCCUAUUCACCAAACCGGUUAAAGCGCCGGACAUUUGUUUUUCGUCCUCCUGUAUUGUAAAGCGGUAGUUUAUUGGUUUAAGUACUCGGUUUUUAAUCAGUGGGUCACGAGUUCGAACCUCUUUCUGCAUCAGUUUGGACAUCUGGAUAGAUUCGUUGUGUCCGAAAUCCUACUACAUGAGAUUUCUAAUUUUGUUAAUGAGUCAAAUUAAAUUACUCUAUUAGACUAUUUAACUCAACUAAUUCUAUGUAUUCAAACGAUAGCACCCAGAUAUUGGAAAUAGUUUAUCGGGUGGGUGUUAAGUCCAACUUAUUGAACUGUUAAACUUAAGUUAUACACAAUCGUCCUAUGAAUCAAACUGAGUGCGUGUUGCUGUAGAAUUUAAAUAAAUGAAAUCUUGGAGACAGCGUAAUGGGUUAGAAUUCUGCGGAAACCAACACUUCCUUUCAACCUCAUCUCUAUAUUUUCUACUAAAAUUAGAACCAUUAGGUAUCAGUCGAUUUGCCGUAACGAUACAGUCGCUCAGAAAACAGCUUUUUUCGCUGUGACGCAAGAGUAACGAGGUCAUACUAUCUAAUUUUUAAGGAAUGUGUUAUUGACUAGUAUACUUGAUCUCCAUUUAGAUAUUGUUACAAUGUAUCUAAAUUUAUCUAUUGUUAUCUAAAAUUUUUCUUACCAAUUUUUUCGUCGCAGCUUUAAAAAAUUACCUAAUCAACCAUUGAUUUUUAGAUGUAUCUUGCUGUUUUGAUGACCUUUUAGGCUAUAAUUUAAUUGUCUGAUUUAAUCAAGUCAUAUUACUUUAUGUUUACAGUUAUUUAAAGAAUGAAUGGUUUAAGAAUCAUUUUUAUAUUAUACACAUUUCAGUGAUUCGAGAUGUUUUCUAUUACUGUUAAUUAAUAUAAUCAUUUAUCUGUAAACCAUCGUCGUAUCACCCACUAAAAGUUACCUUAAAAGUUAGCUUUGGUGCAUGAAGCUAGGUAGAAUAUGGUUAACCAUUGGACAUUAGAUGAUUUUAAUUAAACUCAGUCAAAUCGUUGAGUUAGGGUAACUCAAAGCCAUAAAAUCCAUUCAUAUGAACUAUAAGUUUUCAACAAUAUUGUUUGGCACCACAAAACCCUAGAAUAUUGGUUUGUAAUGUUUAUUUAUUACUUCGUAUCGAAUCAUCAGCUGGGAAUUAUUUUCCUUCUAUAACGAUGUUUUUCAUUAAAUUGUGUGUAGGCUGUUGAUUAUAAAGGUUCCUAAAAAUACAAACAUCUAAGAUUUGUUUCCAUAAAAUUCCGUCAAAUACCUCAUCGGUGCACUGUAAAUAAAUACCAUGACAGAAAGUGGUGACUAAAUAACUUAAUUUUUAACUUCUAUCAUUCAGUUGAAAUUACGUCUAUAAAUACGUAAACGAAAUGAUAUGUCGACUGUAUUUCUUUGUCAUACCUUGUAUGAAAUAAAAUAUACGAUUCGUCGAGGCAGUAUAUCUUUGUAUACCCAAAUUUGGGUCACACUUUUUUAUAAGGUUUAGUAAUAGUGGUUGCAUGUCUAAUUACGUCCUAACCUACAGCCCAGUGAUUUAAAGUUGACUGGUUUCACCUCUGAAUCACUUGUACAUACCAGUAACACAUAAACUAAUAGUAGAAACUCUGUCAUUGUAUAUUCAAACUUUAAGAACAAUGAGAGCAUUAGGAUAUGAAUUUUUUGUUGUUAGUCUAUUCUCAUGAAAUGAUAUUCCAGAAUCUUCAAUUACAAAACUGACUAAGGCUGCUAAUAAAUCAAGAAUAAUUUAAUCCUAGAUAUAAUUUUUCCCUUACCUAAAUGGGGGCAUGGAACCCCAUAUGGUGGUAAUAUUAAGUAUCUGAAGUCUGUUGUUUUGCAUUACCAUUAAAUUUUAAAUAAAGAACAUCAUAUCUAGUAAAUGUAUAACAUUGGCAUAUCGAUGUAAAUUUGUUCCUAUGGGUUUUAGCUUGCUAAACAGGUCGGUCGAAACUCAGUGAGACCAGCAACAGUAAAUUUCAAACCUGAGGGCAAAGUCGCACUGCUGUCUGUUUUGUGAGGUAGCGGUAUUUAGGUAUUUCUCAUGAAUAAUCAACGUCUUCAGUAAUGAUGUCUUCCAACAAUUAUCAGAACGGUUAAUCAGAUUACGUAGCUUCUCAGAAUGCCACGUUUUCCAUUUCAGAAUUAGUUAUAUUGUUUGAAAGCUAUUAAAAAACUAAAAGAAUAUUCACAUUAAAAACAUUGUGAUUAGUUUCAAGUAGCUAUCUCUAAGACUGCUAUCACGUCCCCAAAUGGAUCAGAUUAUCAAUAUUAGUGCAGCUUUCUUUUUAUGUUCUCCGAAAUAAGAUAUCUUUUCAUUAUAUGAACAUGCGAAUAUUUCCGCUUGUCUUCACACCUCACAGUAUAUUUAUCGUGUCUACCAUUAAUCCCUUUGCCAUUUACCCUUGAUGUUUUGUUGGGUGUUAUACAUGCCUCGGAUAUCGACUUCAGUGCACUGUGCUGGCUAGUAUAGGUGCACGUUAAAAACUAGUUUUAUAGAAUUAUCGAUUAGCUGGUGGAAUAGGUCCUGAAUAAUUAAAUUGUUAUCUUUCAGAGCAUGAUAGUUUAGUACUAAUGGCAUAAAUUCUGAACUAUGUAAACCAAUAUCUAUAACAACUGGUUUCUAACAUAUUGGGUAUCUGAAUCUUAAGUUUUGCUGUUUUCAGUAUUGUGUUAACCAAUAGUUAGUUACUUUGUUGGUAGGUUGCAAUCUUUUAUGCGACCAACCUGUAGUUUCUUCUGCUCUGUUAUUACUUCAACCAGCAUUAUAUAUCAACAUAGUUCGUGAUUAGGCCCGACCAUUGUUGCUACCUUGACGUGGUGGUCGGGCUUGCCUAUCGUGAUGAAGCGACCGGGCUAUACUGUCUGGAACAACCGUUCCUCAAGGUCCUACCAUGUCAGACAGGUCGGUUGAAGAGCGGUAAGACUAGAAGCAACAAACCCAAGGUCCGAAGGCGAAGUCGUAAUGCUGACUGUAGAAGGGUGUGACAGCAGUAAGGUGUUUCCUUCAGACAUCCAGCAUGACAGCGAUGCUGCCUUCCCACAAGGAGGGGUGGGGUUAGAAAAGGUCGACCCUAAAAAUGCACACCUCACCUUAUCCCACGGAUAUCCGUCUCCGGCGGUAAGGUCUCAACAAUUACGGAGCUAACACAAGAAUUACCCAUAAAAAGGUCGUGUGUGACCGACCUCAAACAGUUGUCCCCUGGGCACUGCGGUCACGUUCCCAGGUUACUAAGACCACCUCUAAUCCAAUUUCCUUUUCAGGCACUUCCACGGUGUGGGCAACCGGGAAGUGAUAACCGCCCUCAUACCUGUAACAGCACUCAAGACCACUGUAUUCGUGAUUAGGAAUGUGAAAAAGCAUGUCCUAUUUCAGUUGGUUUAAGUUUACAUCGACUGGUUUGCCCUAAAAGGUCUCAGAAUAUCUAGGAUGAAGCAUAAUGUCUAGUGACAUAUGGCUGUGUGGCUCAUUUUGCCCUUAAUAAGAUCACUAGAGUUUGUACGAAUUUUUAGACUUAGUAUUUAAAAGUUUUAGCAUGGAGAAAUUCCAAGGAAAUAAAUCUCCGAUUUACUGUUUUAUUAGGCUUCAUCAUUGAAACAUUGAAUUAAAAAUGUCACAUCGAUGUAUCUAAGGUAUAAUUAACUGGCAACCCAAUCAUUGUUAGUUCAUUUUUUGAUGCUGCGCUGAAUGUUCAAAUAUUAUUUCGACACUCACCUUUUACUGAGGUCGAGGCAUGUGUAAUGACCUCAUGAACAAAACAGAUAAAAUAGUACCCUACAUUCUUUUUUGAACAAUAAAUUUUUUAUUCUAGAAUUAUUGCUGUCGUGUCAACAACUUUAAGUAAUUUUUACUUAAAAAUGAUGGAUGCUAUUAUCCUGCGAAAGAAAUUCAUCAGUUCGAAUUGUAUUACACUUGACAACACCACGAACAAAGAAAACUGAAAUGUUUUAAUGAGAACAAAAGUUGGUACAAAAAGUAUGAACAAAGAGUAAAAGAUCACUCAGGAUUCGAAGACAGAUAUAAACCUGUCAACCGUGUCUAGUUAUUUUGUUCUGUCACUUCAAGAACUUCAUACAAGAAGUUUGUACAUCUAUGAUGAAUUAGGUCAAUAGACUAUAAACA